UCAUAAUGUUAUAAGUGUGUAAACCUCACUCCAAACUAACAUCAUAGAAAAAAAUAGAAAACAUAUAAUGAAAUACCAGUUCUGUUUUUGUUUUUGUUUGUUUUUUAGUUUGAACAAGCCAGAUAAAUCUGCUUUACCAGGAUUAAAUGAUGUGUCUUUGGGGAAUGAGCCGAUGCCUCCUCAGUUAACAUUGAGGGACAGAAAUGCUCAACACAGGUUGAUUAAUCGUGAGGACUCUGACUUCUCUCUGCCCAGCGGUUUGUCAGUGAAAAGUGAGCAGUCAAUGGAUCAACCUAUCAGAAUCAGAGGAGGACCAGUCACUACAGAACUGAACUUGAACAGGCCAAAUAAACCUUCUCCACCAGGACCAAGUCAUGUGUCUCUGGGGAAUAUGUCUAUAACCUCACCAUCAUCUUUUAUGCCUGAACACAAGUUGGUUGAGCGGGAGCAGUCAAUGGAUUAUCCUCAUAAAUUCAGCAGAGGAUCUGUCCUUAUAGAACUGAAUUUGAACAAGCCAGAUAAAUCUCCUUUACCAGGAUUAAAUGAUGUGUCUUUGGGGAAUGAGCCGAUGCCUCCUCAGUUAACAUUGAGGGACAGAAAUGCUCAACACAGGUUGAUUAAUCGUGAGGACUCUGACUUCUCUCUGCCCAGCGGUUUGUCAGUGAAAAGUGAGCAGUCAAUGGAUCAACCUAUCAGAAUCAGAGGAGGACCAGUCACUACAGAACUGAAGUAUGUUAGCACAGUGUUAAGCACCAGUCUGUUUCUGCUCACAUAA